AUGUCAGCAAAAUUGCCGCAUUUGCAUCGUGAAUUUGAGCAAGAUAUUCAAAAUAUUGACGAAGCGACAAUUUUACUCCCCAACAAUAACUUUUCUGUGGGCGCCGUCAUCCCUCUAAACGAUAGUAUCAGCGGAGAUAGGUUUGACUUCAGAGAAGCCUUGUUCCUUCUCAAAAAAGCUGCGCCGGCUCUCUUGGCAUUUUUGUUGCAAUACCUUUUACAAGUUGCGAGCGUGUUUACCCUAGGACGUUUGGGAUCGAUUGAGCUGGCAGCUCUAACACUGGGUUCAAUGUAUGCAUCAAUUACGUGUUGGUCAAUCGGUUAUGGAACUGCCACGGCGUUGGAUACGCUUUGUCCGCAGGGUUAUACAUCCGGGAACCCGAAGAUGGUUGGUGUAUAUACACAACGCUCCAUAUUAAUUAUGAUGAUGGAAUUCAUACCAAUUGGAAUAAUGUGGUGGGUGGCCGAAGAUAUUUUAAUUUCUUUAGGUCAAGAAGAGGAGUUAUCAAAAUUGGCUGCAUUAUAUUUGCGUUAUCUGCUGUGGGUAGCAUCAUCGAACAGGGUCGGCAAUCUGUUGGGAGCUGGAUUGCCAAAUCGCGCAAAGAUUGCCACGAACGUGGCUUUCAUCAUUGCUGUCAUAGGAGCCGCCUGCAAUGCAAUUUCAUUACUUUUCUUCAAGGAUUCUUGGGGAUACUUGUUCUCGAAUGACGAGGAGGUUGUGAAAUUGGUAGCAAAAAUAUUACCGUUGGCCGCCUUGUUUCAGCUUUCGGAUGGAGUAGGGGCGAUAGGUAGCGGUGUCCUUCGCGGACAAGGACGUCAAAAGAUAGUGGCAAUGAUCUAUCUAUCCGCUUAUUACCUCAUUGCCUUUCCGUUAGGUAUUGCAUUGACAUUUGUAUUCAACUUGGGGUUAGAAGGACUUUGGUGGAGUGUCACCUGCGCUUCUCUAAACAUGGGCAUUGGAAUAUUUGCGGCCGUUUCGAUGACCGAUUGGAAUUUAGAGGUUGAGAAUUGCUUGAAAAGAGUUGGUUUAAGGGACGAGGUGGUUAAUGUUGGAUGA